UAACAGUUGAUAAAUAUUGCCAGACAUUACAAUAGUGUUUACUUUAUGUAUUUAAAAUGAAUUUAUGAAUUAGUGCCUAUUUUGUAUGGCUACCGGACCAUUUACUAAUCACUCAAGUCUAGACUAAAGUGACUAGGAAGUGUUUGUUUUAAUAAAUAAAAUUGAAACUCAUUAGAUUGUGUAUACUUUUUUGGACAAUGUCCACUGGACAUUGUUCAAGUCAAAAUAUUAUUCAUAAACAAACGGUGUGCCCAUUCUUUCGGCUCUGGCUGUAUUUAAAAAUACCUAAUUUUAGCAACGAGUGUCAAAGCUUCGAACAAAAAAAAAAAGUUUGUGGGGAAAAUACUGUCGCGAUAAUCUUUUGACCGAUAGUGUAACUAGUUCGCAAUAGAUUCAUUCAUGUUUUAUUCAUUACCUGGCCUCAUACUAAUAUACGCAUAUUAUUCGUAUUUACGUCGUCUUCUUUCUUCUUUCUUCUCCAUUCCUGGGGAAUUUUAAAAAGACAAACCACCGAACUUGAUUAUCGGCCAUUUAUAUUUAUAUAUGAGUAAAUGUGUAUAUAAUUUGCUGAUAUUUGCUUGACACUGUCAAGAAGUCAGUGUCGCUUCUUUGGCUGUUAUUCGAUCAUUUAUUUGGUUUUAAAACAUCAUUCAGUAAUCGGACGGGGUUCGAUAAUAUACGUUUCUUUUUCAUAUUUCAAAUAAAUUUUGCUGUGAUUAGUCGUUGAUCUGAAAAUUCUAUCUUUAGAACUUUAUGUGAAUAUAACUCAAAUUCAUUCAUAACGACUCGCCAUUCACUCAAAAUAUUAAUAAUUGCGCCAUAAUUUCGCAAAAAAAAAAACGAUGCGAUUGACACCAAUCGGUGUGAUCAUAUGUGUGAUCAGUAUAAAUGAGAUUGCCGGUGUUUAUGAUAGUUCGAGAAACCUCAAGGUAGUUGCUGAGUGGGACAGUUUGGACUAUGUAUUUCCGCAACCACAUCUGAGACAGCAGGCAAUACAAAAUGGACAAUUUGUGAGAAACAACGGUGUACCAAUUGAUGUCGAUGUUGAUUAUCAGGAGAAUCUACCUUCUCGCAUUUUCGUGACUAUUCCACGUUUUACCACUGGAAUACCGGUUACUUUGGGCUAUGUAGCUGGUCCAGGCAAUCUAAUUCAACCCUAUCCGUCUUAUUCAUGGCACGAAUCGCAUGGCCGCGAUUGUGAUGGCAUUACAUCCGUUUUUCGGAUUGCUAUUGACAAAUGUCGGCGCUUGUGGGUGCUUGAUACUGGUCGUAUUGGAGCUCAGCAAUACUGCCAACCACAAAUAUUGGUCUUCAAUUUGAAUACCGAUACGUUAAUUCAUCGAUACCGUUUCCCACAAGAUCAGUACAAGCCUGGCGUCUCUCUGUUCAUCACGCCAGUGCUCGAUGUACAAGAUCCACCGCCCGGAGGAGAAUGCCUCAACACAAAAGCAUACAUUGCUGAUGUCACCGGAUUUGGCCUUAUCGUCUAUGAUGCGCGCGCGAAUCGAUCGUGGCGAGUGCAGAAUAAAUUGUUUUACCCGACUCCAUGCUUCGGCACACACACUGUUGCCGGUGAAUCGUUCGAUUUAAUGGAUGGACUGUUUGGUUUAGCAUUAACACCGGUUUAUACCAGAGGCUAUAGACAUCUGUAUUUCCAUGCACUGGCCAGCAACACCGAAAACAGUGUUCGAUUAGAUGUAUUGAAUAAUGCGACGGCAUGGCAAAAUAAUGUGGAAAGUUCACCGAGAGAAUUCCGUGAGAUUGGACAGCGUGAAGUGCAGGCCACAGCAGAGGCGAUGGAUAGCAACGGGAACUUAUUCUUUGGUUUAGAACGACCAUCUGCAAUUGCUUGUUGGGAUUCUGAGAAACCAUACACGCGAGAAAACAUGAAAAUCGCCGUUCAGAAUGACAACACCUUACAGUUUGUUAGUGGACUUAAGGUGAUCGUCAAUCGGAAAGGAAAGGAAGAACUUUGGGCUAUGUCUUGUCGAUUCCAGAAAAUUAUGACGGGAUCAAUCAAUCCACAGGAAAUAAACUUCCGCAUUCAGGCUCUACAAGUCGAUGAACUAUUGGGAGGAAGAAAAUGUACUCCGUCACGACCCUAUUAGCGAUAACACUAUUUUAAGACACUACGGCCAAAGCGAACGAAUGCAAUCGUUCAUGAUCUUUUACAUAUGGAAUUUUAUACAGUCACACCACACGCUCUAUAUUGACAAUGUAUUUUUGUUUUAAACCUUCAUUUUGAUACGCCACUAACAUAAUUUACACUCAAGUAUCUACUUUGUGUAUAAAAACGCCAUUUAAGGUGCUGCCAUCUUGCGUAUCAUCACUCGUAUUUAUCACUCACGAAAACUUAGUACUCUCAGAUUGGACAAAACGACGAGCAUGUGGAGUGACUGAUUUUAUAGGGAAAAUCGUAAACGAUUGAAAUCGAGAGUAAUCUAGCGCCUUGGAAAUAGUGCCUUCAUCAGUUGUAUGAAUUUUUUCGUUAUAUGUGUUCAAAAUUUGAAUAGCUUGAGUUAAAUAAUGUUCGUAAAUUGACAUCGCGUUUGAUGGACUUCCAAUGACUUAUACUUUGUCAAUGGUCUUAUUUACAUUAAAAUAUAAAGCUAUCAAGACAAAA